GUGAAACCGUAGAAGAAGAAGCUGAACGGCUUCGCUGCGGGGAGAGUCAAAAUGUCUGCCCCUAAAACCAUCCCUAAAGACGCUCAGGUGAUGAUCCAGAUCCUGAAGGACAUGGGGAUCACUGAGUACGAGCCUCGAGUCAUCAACCAGAUGUUGGAGUUCACCUACAGAUAUGUGACCACCAUCAUUGAGGACGCCAAAAUCUACGCCACACAUGCCAAGAAGUCCAACGUGGACGCAGACGACAUCAAACUGGCGAUCCAGUGUCGCAUGGACCAGUCAUUCACCUCGCCGCCGCCACGAGACUUCCUGUUGGAGGUGGCGAGGCAGAAGAACCAGACUCCCCUCCCGCUGAUCAAACCCUACACAGGACCUCGACUUCCUCCAGACCGCUACUGUCUGACGGCGCCCAAUUACAGACUCAAGUCCAUCCAGAAGAAGGUCUCGUCGUCUGCAGGCAGGAUAUCGGUGCCUCGCCUCAGUGUCGGUGCUGUCACCAGCAGGCCGAGCACACCGACCCUCGGAACUCCGUCUGUCCAGUCCGUCACCACUAAAGUUGGAACUCCAGUGUCUCUGACGGGACAGAGGUUCACUGUUCAGAUCCCACCGCCCUCUCAGACGGCCACCACCAAAACCACCACGCCGUCCACGCCUGCUGUCUCCAACGUCCUCAUCAACCCGUCUCUGAUUGGCUCCAAGAACAUCCUCAUCACCACCAACAUGGUGUCACAGAACUCCGGUGGCGGCGAGUCGCUGAAGAGGAAGCAUGAAGAUGACGAUGACUACGACGCUUUAUGACAGCGCGACUAAAGAAGGCUCUUUUCAAUAAUCCUUAAAAAAUAGGUCGACCCCUGCCAUCGUCUCACCAGACACUGAUCCAGAUCUGAAAGAACUUGUCUUAGUUUAGUUUUUUUAGAGCGUUUGUUUAACCAGAGACGACCUGUGGCUCCAGACUGGGAGUCAACCAGUACACCCAGUCUGCUGGCAGGUCUCAGAUCAGACUGUGGAUUCAAACAGAAGCUUCAGUAAAACAGAGGAAACUUGAUUUACAAUAAACUGUGUUAAAAUAAAAA